GUUUACAUGACUCAGUACUAGUUAGAAUACUGCCAAAUUCCGAUUAAUAUCGGAAUAUUGAUGUGCAUGUAAACGUAGCCAGCGGCGUAAGAGGAAAAGUCAAAACAGUGCAAUCUGGCAACCCGGGUCGUGGCGUGGAGGCGGGCGCAGCGGCGGAGAGAAUGACACAAGCAUCUGGUACCCAGGAAACAGGGAGAGGAGGAUGUAGCAUCCCUCCAUCAGCGCAUUAGCACAGGAGGCUAGCGCGGUGCUGAGCGGCCGCUUUUGUGGGAUGUGUGACAGUUUAACGGAGUAACAUGGCCUCCAGAGACUGAGGAGCUCUGCUUUCGGAGCAUGAUUCACCGCCAGGUGAUACUGACUCAGAACUUGUACCAGAACCGCUUUCUCGGGCUGGCGGCCAUGGCCUCACCGUCUCGCUCGUCCCAGGCCCGGCGCCGGAGCAAAGACCCUAUCCGGCACAGCUUCAACCCGGAGCACUUCCCCAGUGUGGACUUCCAGAACGGCGAGCAUGAGGAGCUGGCAGCCGCCCUGCCGCGUUCCACCAGCGAUACGGACCUGGUGACAUCACACUGUCGCUCCACACUGACCGCCAGCACCUCAAACUACGCCAUCGGCCAGUCUCCGGACAUCACACUCACAUGGGACAUCAAGGAAGAGGUGGAUGCUGGAGACUGGAUUGGAAUGUAUCUCAUCGAUGAGGUGCUGUCAGAGAACUUUCUGGACUAUAAGAACCGCGGAGUGAAUGGCUCUCACAAAGGCCAGAUCGUGUGGAAGAUUGAAGCCAAUUCCUACUUUGUUGAGCCUGAGACGAAGAUCUGCUUUAAGUACUACCACGGGGUGAGCGGCGCUUUGAGGGCCACAACACCCAGUGUGACCGUGAGGAACCCUUCAGCGCCGGUGUUCAAGCCGGUUGCCGUGGACGACGUGCCUCAGAGUCAGGGCAGCCGAAGACUCAUCAGCUUCUCUCUGUCAGAUUUCCAGGCGACAGGCUUAAAGAAGGGCAUGUUCUUCAACCCGGACCCCUACCUGAAGAUCGCCAUCCACCCCGGCAAACACAGCAUCUUCCCUGCUUUACCUCACCAUGGCCAGGAGAAAAGAUCAGGCAUCGUCUGCAACACCGUCAACCCCGUGUGGCAGAGAGAGAGGUUUAAUUUUGUGUCUUUACCCACGGACGUGCUGGAGAUUGAGGUAAAGGAUAAAUUUGCCAAGAGCAGACCCAUCAUAAAGCGCUUCCUUGGCAAACUGUCCAUGCCGGUGCAGAGAUUACUGGAGAAGCAUGCUAUCGGUGACCGAGUGGUCAGCUACAGUUUGGGUAGAAGGUUGCCAACAGAGCAUGUCAGUGGUCAGCUGCAGUUUCGCUUUGAGAUAACUUCCUCCAUUCAUCCAGAUGAUGAGGACAUGUCCCUCAGCACAGAGCUUGAGUGUACCACAGUGCAUGAGGAACCAGAGGAACCUGAGCAGCAUGAGCCAGGGGAAAUGGAGGCAGGAGAACAUCUUGCUCCAGUCCAAGCCGAGGACACCAUGAGCCUGGAUCUGGUUGCUCCUGAUCUGCCACUGGAUGGAGACACAGCCUCAGUAGAAGUUUCCAUGGAUGUAGAGCCCUUAGAGGCAGAUGAGGGAGGGACAGAGAUCCAGAAACCAGAGGAGACUGAGCGGAUCCAGGAGGCAGAAUCUGUACUUGUAGAGAGCAGUGAGCAAGAAGUGGAGGCCCUGGCAGCUGAGCAAGAUGGAGGAAGUCAGGUGGAGGUCCUGACGCCUGAGCAAGAUGUAGAGAGUGAACAGGAAUUGGCAGCUCUGGAGCAGAUGGAGCAAGGAGAGACAGGAAUAGAAGGAGAAGGAUACAAUCAAGAGACAAUUUCUGUGGAACCAGUUGAUAUAGAAACUAUGGAAAGAACAACAGCAGCCCCUACUGUAAUGGUGGAAGAAAUGGAGAGUGCCAUGGGAGGAUCUGAACCUCAACCUGUCUUCCUUGAGGAGUGUGCUCAAGCAGAGGAUGAAGAUCAGGAAGAAGACGAAGAUUGCUCACUCCGGAUGCGUGGUGCAGCGAAGCGAAAAAAUCGGCCUUGUUCACUGCCCGUGUGUGAGCUGGAGACGGUAAUUGCCUCGACAUGUGAGGAACCUGAGACUCCACGGUCACACUACAUCCGUCUCCACCACCUUCUCCACAGCCUUCCCUCUAACCAAUCAGAAAGCUCUAAAACAGAAGAAGAAGAGGAAGAAGAGGAGCAAGACGAAGAUGGUGUAGCACCUGAGCCGCUGACUCCCAAUGGCCCACGUCGUUCCCUUCCUCGCAGCCGCUCGCACCAGCGCCUCUCAGAACUUGUGCAGAUACUAGACGGAGAGGGCCAAGCAUUAGAGUCAGAAGGUCAGGUCAGAGGCCAAAGGUCACCAGGUGAGAGUGAGGGUGAGGCUGACCUUAGCCCAGUGCCGUGCUGUAGUCACAUGGUGGCGAGGGGUGCGGGCGCAAUGCGUGCAGCGUCUUUGGACAGCGCACGAUGCACCAAGAGCAGCAUGUUCUCCUCACAGGAAGACGAGGACGACAUGGAUGGGCUGAACGGCAUCUUGGAAUUAGAGGUGGAGCCUUGUCAGGGGGUGCGGAAUCGUAUGAGGGACGGAACAGGGUGGGAGGAAGUGCCUGACACUCAUGUGCAAAGUCCACAUGGCAUUGUGGGUAAUGGAGAGUCCCCGGGAGCUGGGACAAGCAACAGGAGAGAGUGUCCUCUGCCAUGUAGUCACCCUCCAGUAAGCCAGCUCCCUGCUCUGAGGCCAGACCCCCACCACUACCCCACCAUCGACGAGCCCCUUCCUCCUAAUUGGGAGGCGCGUAUCGACAGUCAUGGACGUGUGUUCUACGUGGAUCACAUUAACCGCACCACAACGUGGCAAAGACCAACAGCAGCAGCGACGCCUGAUGGCUUGCGCAGGUCCGGAUCCAUCCAGCAAAUGGAGCAGCUCAACAGGAGAUAUCAGACCAUCCAGAGGACCAUGGCCACAGAGAGGAGGGAAGAGGAAGGAGGGAACCCUCGAGUGGAGAGGACUAGCAGUACAGAGACUGACUCACCGCCUCAGACAAGUGAGACGAGGAGAGACUCGCACUGCUCUCCGAGUCACUGUCAGAAGGUCACCCUGCUGCUGCAGUGUCCGGCCGUCAAGUUCAUCACACACCCCGAGUUCUUCACCGUGCUCCAUGCCAACUACGGUGCAUAUCGCAUGUUCACUAACAGCUCGUGUCUGAAGCACAUGAUCCUGAAGAUCAGGAGGGACGCGCGGAACUUCGAGCGCUACCAGCACAACCGUGAUCUCGUCUCCUUCCUGAACCGCUUUGCUGAUUCCCAUAUGGAUCUGCCCCGGGGCUGGGAGAUUAAAACCGACCCUCAGGGAAAGUCGUUCUUUGUGGAUCACAACAGCCGUGCAACGACCUUCAUCGAUCCCAGAAUCCCUCUGCAGAACGGCAGGCUGCCCAACCACCUCACUCACCGGCAACACCUGCAGAGACUGCGUAGCUACAGUGCAGGAGAGGCAUCUGAUGUGUCCCGCACGCGUGGAGUGUCUCUGUUAGCGAGGCCUGGCAAUAGUUUAGUAGCCGCCGUCCGAAACCAAAGCCAACAGGAGCCGGUGCCACUGGCGUACAACGAUAAGAUUGUGGCGUUUCUACGGCAACCCAACAUCUUUGAGGUGCUCCAAGAGAGGCAGCCGAGCCUGGCCAGGAACCACUCGCUCAAAGAAAAGGUACACCACAUCCGUACAGAAGGCACACCCAGACUAGAAAAGCUGUCCUGUGAUGCCGACUUUGUCAUGCUAUUAAGUUUGUUUGAGGAGGAGAUCAUGUCCUACGUUCCUCUCGCCACGUUUCACUCCGGCUUCGCCUUCUCUCCCCGCUGCUCCCCCGGCUCCUCUCCGCAAAAUUCUCCAGGAACCCAGAGAGCUCGUGCUCCAGCUCCAUAUCGCAGAGACUUUGAGGCCAAACUUCGUAACUUCUACAGGAAACUGGAAGCCAAGGGUUAUGGACAAGGGCCAGGGAAAAUCAAACUAAUAGUACGGAGAGAUCAUCUACUGGAAGGCACGUUUAACCAGGUCAUGGCCUACUCACGCAAAGAGCUCCAAAGGAACAAACUCUAUAUUACCUUUGUCGGCGAGGAAGGUCUGGAUUACAGUGGACCUUCUCGGGAGUUCUUCUUCCUGCUCUCUCAGGAACUGUUUAACCCCUAUUACGGUCUGUUUGAGUACUCCGCCAACGACACAUACACAGUCCAGAUCAGCCCCAUGUCAGCCUUCGUAGAGAAUCAUUUGGAAUGGUUUCGUUUCAGUGGGCGGAUCUUAGGCCUAGCAUUGAUUCAUCAGUACCUGCUGGAUGCCUUCUUCACCCGGCCCUUUUAUAAAGCUCUGCUCAGACUAGCGACUGACUUGAGUGAUCUGGAGUAUUUGGAUGAGGAGUUCCACCAGAGCUUACAGUGGAUGAAGGACAACGACAUCACAGACGUCCUGGAUCUCAACUUCACCGUCAAUGAGGAGGUGUUUGGCCAGGUAACAGAGAGGGAGCUGAAAUCAGGAGGAGCCAACAUACAGGUGACGGAGAAGAACAAGAAAGAGUACAUAGAGCGCAUGGUGAAGUGGAGAGUGGAGAGAGGAGUGGUUCAGCAAACCCAGGCUCUGGUCCGAGGCUUUUAUGAGGUGGUGGAUUCUCGACUGGUGUCUGUGUUUGACGCUAGAGAGCUGGAGCUGGUAAUCGCUGGAACAGCCGAGAUCGACCUCAAUGACUGGAGGACCAACACAGAAUACAGAGGCGGCUACCACGACGGACACAUCGUGAUCCGGUGGUUCUGGGGAGCAGUAGAACGCUUUAACAAUGAGCAGAGGUUGCGGCUGCUGCAGUUUGUUACAGGAACGUCCAGCGUGCCAUACGAGGGCUUUACGGCUCUGCGUGGAAGCAACGGCCUGCGCCGCUUCUGCAUCGAGAAGUGGGGAAAGAUCACCUCUCUGCCCAGGGCUCACACAUGCUUUAACCGCCUUGAUCUUCCUCCAUACCCGUCCUACACAAUGCUCUACGAGAAGCUCCUCAUUGCUGUAGAGGAGACCAGCACUUUCGGCCUUGAGUGACAUGACGACUCUGCAUCGCUCGUGUACGCUACACGUCUAGUACACUACUAUAAAUGUGGAUCUGUUUUUAGUCUAUAAAAAAAUAGCGAUCUGUAUAUAAAUAUAUGUAUAUCUUGCUUCUAACUGAAAACAGCCUUGCAUGCAUCACUCACCUGUGCACAUGACGUACCGUCUCUGGGCAGCACCGUGUGCACCAUGCAAGCUGUGUAUGCAAUAUGACACAACAGGCUUUAGCCUAACUCUUAACUCUCAGGGCCUCGACCUCCGCUGCAGCACUACGACUCCAACAUGGCUGCAGUGUUCACUUGGGAUACACACUCGACUGACUGCUCGCACCGCAUCUCACUCACAUCAGCUUCGGCGACGGACUCAGUCAAGGCACGUGAACACUUCCUUCCAAAAUGGCGUCAUUACAGAGAUGAGCACUAAUAUUAGAAUAUUAGAAGCAACACAGGAAAUGACAUCAGGAACCAGAGAGAGAGAAGCGUUUGGGCUGUGGAGGCUCGAAAAUUCUGAUUUAAAGGAAAACUGGAAAACUCCAGUGUUUUUUAAUCUAAUCUUUAUCAACUGCAUGAGUAGGGUUGUCAUGGUAACUGUACCAUGAACCCAUGUAUCAUUUUAUACAGCAACAAAGUUGAUUAUUUAUUUUGUUCAUUUUUCUGUUAUCACUGUUUUGUCAAUUUUAAAUAUAAUAAGCCUAAUGUGUAGCAAAGUGUGCUGGGAAACAAAAAAGAAAGAAAUUCACUCUGGCAUGUAAAAGCCUGUUCCUGCAUAUUUCUCCACUCCCGAGAUGGAGUUCUGUCACGUGGAGAUGAUUUCUAACUUUUAAUGUUUCAAUCAUUUUCAUUUUUAAUUUUCAUAUAGUUUGUUAUAUAUUCUUGAUACUUGAAAAAAAAAGCUUUUGUUCUUGAAUUCACAUGGACAUGCCAUCUAUGAUGUAUUAUUUCCUAUUACACCACAGCUCUGCUGAAUUCUCUAUUCUGAUUGGUCGGAAGAGAAGAUGUUGAUUAAUUGUCACAGCUCUGACAAUAGUGCCGGCUACAAUGUUUAAAUAGUGACUCAUUCACAGGGACCUGUGUGGCGGACACACUACAAUAAUAUAAGACUAAUAAUAAGCAAAGAGUGUUGUUAUUUAUCAAAGAAAAACGUACAGUCGUUCUAUAAGAAGACGUUUAUUUACCAUAUAUGGAAGGAGUCUCCAGUGUCAGUGCUUUGUAACGGUGAGUUUUCCGAAAUGGGAAAUUCUUCAGGAUGGAGGUCUUUAUGGUUUUUGUCAAGCUUUGUGUUUUUUGUCUUAUUAACUUAAAGAGAGGCUGGCGAGGGAACAACCGUUUAUAGCUUUCAUAACGUAAGCGAUAACGGAAACUAACUUGUGUCAGUGUUCCACAACAUUAAAUGUAACUAAAGAUGGUUAAACAAAGUGUCAUGCUUUUAUUAAUAAAAUUGUUAAUGAUUGGGAAAUUGCUGUGGUAUAAGAGGAAUAAAACGCUUUCAGGUAAAAAAAAAUAUUAUUAUCAAUUUUUUAGCUUCCCUUAUAAAUAUAAUUCAUUAAGAUUUUUUUCGUUUUAUUUUUUUUUAUCGAACAAUUUGCUUUUUUCAGAAUUCAGAACCAACAUGAUCUUUGCAGGAAAAUAUAGGUGCAAGGUGAUUAAAAGGUAAAAAAAAGUUGUUUUGGAGAAAUAUACUGCAUUUAUGGUUUAUUAACUUUGAGGGGUCAACACAUUCUCAAAAAACUCCAUUUAGGUUAAAACCUUUUUGGCUUUUUGCCUUUUUUUUUUUUCAAGAAUUCAUCCACAACAACUUUCAACAGGUUUCCCAGACAAAUACAUUUCACAUAAACCUUUACUGACUUCUAUUAUGAGUGAAAUUGGAGUGAACUGGUUUCUGUUUUUUUUUUUUUUUCUCAGCACAGAGAAGUGUCAAAAUUUGUCUGUGGCAAAUCAAACACACACACACACACUGCAGACGCAGUAGAUGGAAGUUAGGUUAGAAAACACUGGAGUAUUUUUUACACUAAAAAAAGAAACAUGGGUCAAGCAGGUUGUGGUAUAUAAGCUUAAGCUUAAGAUUUUUGUUAUUUAUAAUAUUUCAUUUUUAAUAUUCUUUUGUACACUACCCAGAAGGACGUCUGUAAAGAUUAGUUUUCAGUGAAACAAUUCAUUACGUACAGUGUAUUCUAUGUAAUACUGUGUAAUUACCCAAAUGACUUGUAUGAUGCUGUAACACUUGUAACACAUUUUGUCUGGAGAUUGAAGUUCUUAUUUAUAGAAAUGUAAGUGGUGAAGGUCAUGGGAUUGUCCGGUGAGUCUGGGUUGGUCAUGUGAUGGUUAUGGUGUCUAUAUUUCAGCUUUUUACCUCUUCUUUCUCGUCAUAUUUACACGUCUGAGCACGUUUCAGAGGGAGGAGCUCAUGUGCUGUAGAGUCACGCUUCAUAUAUUGUAUGUAAAUUGAAAGAUAUGAUACUGACGGCUUGAAAAUCCAUGCUAUCCAGUGUACAGAUAUUGGAUUUUGAGCGAUCUUUGUAUUUGUAAAUUGAAGUAUUCAGACUCUAUUACAAAGUAGUAUACAAAUGAAAAAUGCUGCAGCACUGAUCAAAAAUUAUGAUUUUUUUUUAAUAUUAUUAUCUCCUAUCACGCUCACUCCUGGAUAUACCAGUGCAUUUGUAUUUAAUGUGUCAAAUGAAACGUUGUAUAAUUGGAUGUACUGUAAAUCAAAUGUGUAUAUUAUAAGUCUAUACAGUAUGUGUAACGUAUAGAUAUCAAUUUUGAAAUGCAAUGUAUGUAUUAGGGAUUAAGAGGCUUCUUUUUUAAUCUAUUAAUCUAUCUCUUUGCUUAACCCUUUGGUUGUAUAAAUGCAUCAUGCUAUGCACAUUUUAGUUAAACUAACAAGAAUGCAAUUUCCUGUCAAUCGUCCAGGGCUUCUCUUUAAUUUCCCAAAGUCUCGGAUGUACAGCUGUAUGGGAUGAUUUCAUCUCAAACGGAUUGAUCAAACUGCCUUACAACACCUCCGCUCGAACCAUUUCACAUUCUGUUGGAGGUGUGAGAAAGUUUUGGCUCCUGCAUUAUCCUCAUAAACAUAAACACAAACACACACACACACACACACACACACACACACACACUGUCCUGCACGAACAGCUCACUGUGUUGCACUGUGUGUCCAUCAGGUCUUCGUCUCAGCCGGUUUUGUAUUCUGUAAGGCUCCAGGCUUCUUUGUCAGGCCGAGCUCUGUAAAAAAGCAUAGCACUGUUCAAGAAUGUCAAUAAACAAUCAGUUUGUAA